AUGGUGAACUUAACUUCUGGUCAUUUAUUUGGGGAUGUCAUUCCAUGGUAUCAAUGGUUAAUUAAAACCAUUGGAUUUCCAACGUGGAAUGAAUUUUGUCGUUACUACUGUUCUAGAUUUGGGUCAAAGGAAGAUGAUGAUCCGGAAGGGGCAUUAGCAAAGUUAUAUCAAACUGGAAAUGUCCGCAAGUAUAAAACUAUGUUUGAACGCCUUGCAAAUCGUUGUUGCUCUUUACCAGAACUAUUUAUUAUUCGUUGUUUUAUCUCUGGUCUCAAAGAAGAUAUCAAAGCAGGCGUGAAUUUUUUAUCUCCUCAAUCACUAUCUCAAGCAUAUGUUAUGGCAGAACGACAAGAAGACACUCUUGGUAUGUUGGUAUCUACAAUUUCAAAGAGAUGUAAUAGUUGGAAAUUUGCAUCUCCUUCACUACCCACCCAUUCCAACCAAAUACUUCCUAAGCAAUCAGAUCUUGCAUUACCUUCUGCAGUUCCUAAAUUAGUAACCACGGGACCCCGACGUUUGAGUAUUGCAGAGCAGCUUGACAGAAAAGCAAAAAACUUAUGUUUCAACUGUGAUGAACAACUUAAACCGGGUCAUCGGUGUAAGCGACCUCAGCUGUUACUAUUGGAAAUGGAGUAUGAAAAUUCCAGUUUCGUUCCAGAAAAUGAACAAGCUACGGAAGAACAACCUGCUUUGGAAGUUUCUUUGAAUGCUAACGUUGGAAAUCAAAGAUCUGGAACUAUGAAACUUUUGGGAUACAUUUCCAAACACCAGGUAACAGUAUUGGUAGACUCUGGUUCUACUCAUAAUUUCCUUCAUCCCAGAAUUGUGAAGCAGUGUGGCAUACAUGUUGAUAACUCUCAUCCUAUGAGUGUUACAGUCGCAAACGGGAGCACAGUGAAUUAUCCUGGCCAUUGUUCCAAGGUGAAGUUAGUCCUCCGGGGGCAUACUUUUACUUUAGAUUUUUAUAUUCUUCAUGUUUGUGAUUAUGAGAUUGUUUUUGGUGCCGAUUGGCUUCAAAGUCUUGGUGUUAUUCAGUGGGAUUUUCGACAACUAACAAUGAGUUUUGAUAUGGAUGCAAAACCAAUUACUUUAAAUGGGGUCCCUACUACAUUUUCUCAAGUCCUUGAUGAAGGUGAGUUCCAAAAAAUUUUCUUACAAGAAGGUCGUGGGUUAUAUAUCUGUUUAUUGGAUUCUUGUGCUACAAUAGAACCUCAGAUGUCUACAUAUGUUACAUCAUUACUUGAACAAUACUCAGACUUGUUUGAAGCUCUGACUGAGUUACCACCACGUCAUGAUCAUGACCACCGAAUUCCUCUACUACCUGGAAGUGCUCCAACUAAUGUACGUCCUUACCGGUAUCCUCAUUUUCAGAGAAGUGAAAUCGAGAAAUUAAUUUAUGAAAUGCGUGAUACUGGAAUUAUACGUCCAAGCACAAGUCCUUUUUCUUCACCGGUGGAUCACUCCAAAAUAGAAGCUACGAUGCAAUGGCCUAGACCAACAUCUUUAAAGCCGCUGCGAGGAUUUUUGGGUCUUACUGGGUAUUACCGGAAAUUUGUUCGUGAAUAUGGAUAUGUUCAAACCAAAUUCCAUGAAUCUGAAAUAGAAUUUAAUGAGUUGAAGACAGCCUUAUCAACUACACCAACUUUAGCGUCACCAGAUUUUACUCGUGAGUUUGUUCUAGAGUGUGAUGCUUCUGGCCUGGGAUUAGGUGUUUUCUUAACACAAGAUUGCGUAUUUCAGUAA